AUGCAUAACACACAUGCAUGCACCGACCCCACAGUCACAACGGCUCCCACGUGGACUAUCGAAGCGGUUACUAGGACCACUCUUAAGGAAGCCUCCGUAUUUGUCAAUGCAUCGCGAAAAGAACUGUUCCCAUCUCUAGGCUAUGACACCUUGUUGGACGAUCCCGAGAUCCUGGAAACGAGCUGUGUGCUCAUAGCACGCGCCAACGAUGACUAUAGACCGAAUGCCACCCCAGGAAGAGAUAGCCAAGGAGCCAUAAUAGCAGCGAUAGCGUACAUACCGUUUGAUUACCGCUUCCCAUACCUGCCAUGGCCCAUUGGAACAUAUUCCCAAAACAACCGCAACUCUGAAAUCACGACCGGCAAAAACACUUCUGCAUCCCUAUCCUCCUCAUCCACCACGAACACCACUGCCAACUCCUCCUCGUCCUCCCUGGCACUCUUGGCUACCCCAUCCUCUACCACCCCCCAACCUGAGAUCCCCUCAGACCCAAUAAAGAUCGUAGAAGUCCUCCGCCUGUUCGUCCUCCCUCAAUACCGCCGGCACGGCCUCGCCGCAUCGCUCUUCCAAUCCCUUCAGGACCAUGCACGAGCAUCAGGAGUCCAAUGCAUGUACCUACACACGCACCCCUUCCUACCAGGCGCUAUCCGGUUCUGGGGAAAGCACGGCUUCGACACCAUAUGUGUAGACGAGGAAGACGAGGUAUGGCGGACACAUCAUAUGCAGAUGAUGCUAGGGCCAUCGCGACUGGACACAGGACGGUGA